AUGGACAUUGGCGAAGAGCGAUUGGCAGAAUUGAAUGCACUUUACAAAGAGCAUGAGUCGGCUAUUGACAGUAUACAGUCAGCAUUGCAACGCGAGAUCCCGCUCUUGGUUCAAGAACAUGGGCUUUCACUGGAACAAACUGCUGCGUUAGACGAAUACAUACAUGAUCGAGUAACCAUAUUCCGGUUCCUUCUUAAGAAUGAGUUUUCUCGACCACAUACCCUCUCACGCAUGGUGGAUACCAUCAAAUGGAGAAUCAACAACAAUAUUGGUGGAACUACUGCUGAUGAUCUCGAUCCUUGCUUUUUUGAAAAUGCAUUUUGUUUCUUUGGAGGCCUUGAUCGGCUGGGACGACCAUUGCUCAUCAUCCAGUUAUGUCAUCAUCCAACAGUCAACGGAGAUGCUGCAAGUUUCUUGACCCCUUUUGUCACAUUUGUCUUUGAGACAGCUCGUCGAAUCAUGUUGGAGACGACAUUGAAGCGGUUGCAACAAGGUGUGCCAAAUCCCGUUGUUACGGAAACAGUGUUGCUGGUCGACUUUAGGAAUGCAAAAACUCUCCCAAGGGACAGACAAUUGGCUACCUCGUUUGUUCAAUUACUACGACGAUUCCCUUCAUCGACUGGCACUGUGUGUCUUUUGAAUUUCGGAUGGAUGUAUCAAGGAUUAUGGCAGAUGAUCAAAUUACUGCUUUCUGAACAAGCCAAAAAGCGAGUAUGCUUCCCCAAAGUAUCGGAUCUCGCCUCUUUUAUCGAUGAUCAAGAACUGCUUCAACAACUUGAAAUGGCAGAUCCGGUUCCAUGGGAUUUGGCACAUGAUACAGUAUACAAACGACUACCACCAUUAGGCACAUUGAGUCGAAGCAGCUCCAGUACAUCCCUCUAUUAUGAUGCCGAUUUGUAUACCCCAUCGUUUGGUACAGCAAUUGCAGAUGACGAUAGCAGUAGCGAAUAUGCGACACCAAGAGAAACAACACCCGUACCCAGUGAAAUUGAUCUCACAAAAACGCAACAACAUGCAACCACUACCGAUUCGUACCGACACCAAAAAGAGACAACUCAUCUCGAACGCCGAAAACCAACAUCUACGACACCAUCCUCCUCCCCAGCACGCAAUAUGCAUUUCGUCUUGCAGCUAUUGAUCAAAAUGGAAAAACAAAUCAAGCACAUCAUCUAUCGACUCGCCAACAAGAUCUUCCAACAUCGUGGCACAUUGUAUUGGAUAAUAGCUUGUAUCAUUAUGCGUAAUCGUAUCAUGCAAGUGAUACAUGGUAUCCUCAUCCUUGUGGGCCAGCUUUUUGCCAAACGACUCGGAUUCGCAAACCCCCAUUCAUCCGGUAUUCGUGUCUUGCUCCAUGCUCUCACUGGUCAACGAUGGCUCCUUUAA